GUCACCAUCUCAACCUUAUUGAUGGCAUAUUCAACUGAGAAUAAAUAAUAAUCCUAAUAAUCAGAAAAUCGCAGGGAGAGAAGCAAGCGAUCGAGGGUCAUGGCGGGCGGAGACUCGUCCGCUCGCUCUCUCGAAUACACUCCGACAUGGGCUCUUGCCGCAGUUUGUUUCUUCUUCAUCUCCAUCUCCAUUAUCCUCGAACAAUCCAUUCAUCUUCUUACCAAAUGGCUGAAGAGACAUCGGAAAAAUGCGUUGAUCGAUGCAGUGGAGAAACUUAAAUCAGAGUUGAUGCUUCUGGGGUUUCUGUCCCUCUUGUUGGCAGUAACUCAGGAUCGUAUCUCCAAAAUAUGCAUACCUCUCGAUGCUGCGAACGUCAUGCUUCCAUGCCGCAAAAGGGUCAGUUCCGAAUCUACAAAGUUCCAGGUUUCCGAGCACUACUUUGCAAAAGCAGUUGUGGGCAGUUUGUCGCAGAUGAGUAUAAAUCUCUUGUCACAACCCCAUAGGUGGCUAGCGGAUGAGGAUGAUGGUACUGCUGCUCGUACUACUGAUGAUUCUUGUUCCGAAGGAAAGGUUGCCUUGGUGACACAAGAUGGCCUCCAUCAGCUUCACAUAUUCAUUUUCGUGCUGGCUGUUAUGCAGAUUGUGUAUUGUGUUCUCACUAUGGCUUUGGGUAGGGCCAAGAUGAGACGUUGGGAAGCUUGGGAGAGAGAAACUCAAACAACCGAGUACCAAGUUGCCAAUGACCCCAAUCGAUUCAGAUUUACAAGGCAAACCACAUUUGGAAGGCGGCACAUGAGUUCUUGUACGGGAACAUCGUUUCAGCUCUGGAUUAAAUGUUUCUUCAGACAAUUCAUCCAUUCCGUGGCAAAAGUUGAUUAUCUCACUUUGAGACAUGGUUUCAUCUCGGCUCACUUGUCGGCCACCAACAACUUCGAUUUCCGAAAAUACAUACAGCGAACCUUGGAAGAAGAUUUCAAGCUGGUGGUCGGCAUCAGCCCUCUAAUGUGGUUUCUAGUUGUUAUCUUGAUGCUCGUGGAUGUGUACGGUUGGCAUGUAUUUCUAUGGGUAUCCUGCAUUCCUCUCUUGGUAGUUCUAGUUCUAGGAGCCAAACUCGAAGUCAUUGUUGCGAGAAUGGCUCUUCAAAUCAAAGAUCAGAAUAGUGUGAUUCAAGGAACACCUCUUGUUAGACCCAACGAUAGUCUCUUCUGGUUCGGGCACCCAGGAUUCGUCUUAACUCUUAUUCAUUAUACUCUAUUUGUGAAUGCAUUCGAGCUGGCCUUCUUCAUUUGGGUUACAAUUGAGUUUGGUUUCAAUUCUUGCUACCACGAGCAUACUGCAAUCAUUGUAAUCAGAAUUGUACUAGCGGUGACCGUUCAAGUACUUUGCAGCUAUAUUACCCUCCCUCUCUAUGCACUUGUUACGCAGAUGGGGUCAAAUUUCAGGAGCAAGGUACUAGAAGAGCAGAUUGCUAAUAUCAUAAGGCAAUGGCACGCUGAAGUUAGGGAGAGAAGGAAGAAGCAAGAACUAUUCAUGCCGUCUCCAGCUCGCAAGUCUUUGUCCACGGAAUGGAGCCCCAGAAGGAGUAGUACUAGUGCGCAUGGAGUUUCUUCAUUCCAAAGGCCCAGAUAUAUGAGAAGCGACAGCAUUAACAAAGGGAAAAUAGUGGAAUUAGGAGAAAGAUCAGAUCAAAUGGUAGUACUGAAAGAAGAGGCAGCUGCUGGAUCAUCUAGACGUCCAUCUCGGGCUGUCGUACUAGAACUUCCGACAGUGAGAAGACAGUAGAAGAUUAUAUUGACGAGUAGUGCAAGGAAAGUACUUCAGUUUCUGAGAGAGAAAGAGCGAAGCGUUUCCAAAUUGAAAACAGCUAUACUAAUGUUAGAAUUUUAAAAGAUUCUUGUAUAGCAAAUGGAGUACCGCAAUGAGAUCUCAAUCUGAUGAAAUAUAUUUUCCUGAAGAACUCGAGCUCUCCAUGGAUGAAAAUGGAAAAUGCUUUUGUUCAUGCAUGUAUCUACUUUUGGAUGUGGAGUCUGUCCUAGGCUUAAAAAUCCAGACUUGAAGUUGGGGCUUUAUCUGUUUGAUACUAGAAAUCAUCAAAAUUUAGAA